AUGCCAACUAAAAAUGCACUAGAUGAUAAUCCUCUGGUCAGUCAUUCGAGGCGCCUCCCACUUCAUAACUUGCUCCCCACAAGGAAGUCGUACUCACCAAGUCCCCAGAGAUCUAUUAGUGACUUGGAGUCACUGUCAAAUUUCAAUAAGGAUGAAAAACCAGAAUUAAUUCACAGAUGGCAUCACCAAUAUUCAAUUCUUUCAACUGUUACGUUUCCUAGCUUAGGGCUUUUAUUCUGUGGUACCCAAGAUCAUCAGAUUUUGAUUUUUGAUAUGGAAACUUAUGAACGUAAAGAUGCAUUAACAGGUCAUACUGGUUCAGUGUUAUGCUUGACCAAGUCCAAAGACGAAAAGCAUUUAUUUUCUGGUGGUUCAGAUUCAUUAGUGAAAGUUUGGGAUGUAACCACGAUGAAAGAAACACAUACUAUUUAUUCAUUGGUUGAUAUUGGUGAUAUUUUCAGUUUAGCAUGGUCGAGUUCAUUAAACACCAUCUUCUUCGGUGCUCAAAAUGCUUCAAUAUUGUUUGUUCACUUAUUAGAUAGCAUACCCAAAGAUGAUCCAAGCAGUCUACCAUCUCAAAGAUUUGACAAGUUUUUCGAUUCAACUGGACCAACUGGGAGUUCAUCUCAAAAAAAAGUUGAUAAAUUACAGACAAGAUUGAUCGAAAUUCCUUCUUCCAAUAUUAUUCCAUAUGCCCAUAAUGGAUUUGUAUACACGAUGGAAAUUCAUGAGAACAUGCUACUUACUGGAGGUGGUGAUGGAUACGUGAAAAUAUGGGAUUUAUCUAAAGGCGUUCAAUUGAUAAAGACUCUAGAUAAUGAUGAGAGUGUUCUAUCUUUAACCAGAAACGAGUCAUUUCUAUAUUGUGGCUUAACUGAUGGGCAAUUGAAAAUUUGGGAUUUGAGCACUUAUCAACAGAUAAGAUCACUUCAGAGUGAUGGGGGAGAUAUUUUGGCAUUAGCUGCGUCAAAUUCAUGCAUAUAUAAAGGUUCUUCAGAUGGUGUUAUCAAAUGGAAAUUCGGUGGUGAUUGCAAGGAAGAAUGGGAAGCACACCAAGGAUUAGUUCUAUCUACAGAAAUUGCUUACAAAGAUGGCAAAGUCCUUUUAAUAACAGGUGGUAAUGAUGCCUCUGUGGCUAUUUGGGAUAUAAGUGAAGACAAUGCACCAUUGAGAAGAACAUCAGUUGCUGCAAUUGAUAAUGAUUCUCUCUUAACAACCUUAGGAGAAAUGGUUAGUUUUAAAACUGUUUCUAAAAAGCCAGAGCUUUAUAUUGAUGAUUCCCGUCGUUGUGCAGCAUUUUUAACAAGCAUUUUCAAAAAAUUUGGAGCUGAUUCAGAAAUAAUACCAGUUGAAAAUGGUAAUCCUGUCGUUUACGGUUGCUUCAAGGGCAAAGAUUCUAAAACCAAAAAUCCAAGAGUUUUAUGGUACGGGCAUUAUGACGUUAUUGAAGCAGAUGACACUUUAGGCUGGAGGACAGAUCCUUUCAAGAUGACUGCAAAUGAUGGUUAUUUGUAUGGUAGAGGUGUUAGUGAUAACAAGGGACCAAUACUUGCAGCUAUAUAUGCAGUUGCAGAAUUACUCCAAGAGGGAAAUUUGAACGCAGAUAUAGUGUUUUUGAUUGAAGGUGAAGAGGAAUGUGGCUCUUUUGGCUUUCAAGAGGCAAUCGAAAAAAACCGUGAAAUUAUUGGUGAAAUAGAUUGGGUCUUGUUGAGUAACUCCUAUUGGCUGGAUGAACUUACACCCUGUUUGAAUUAUGGGCUAAGAGGUGUUAUUAGUGCCUCUGUUGAAGUCAGCAGUGACAGACCUGAUAGGCAUUCCGGUGUUGAUGGUGGUGUUUCAAGGGAACCAACAAUUGAUUUAGUUAAUCUUUUAGCAACGUUGACAGAUAAAGAAGGAAAAGUUUUGAUACCAAAUUUUUAUGAACCUAUUCAGAAUUUAACAUUAUCGGAGGAGAAAUUAUAUGAAGAAGUGCUCAAAAAGGCUAACAUUGAAAUCAAUAAAGAAACUUUACUGGCCAAAUGGAAAUUCCCAUCUUUAACAAUUCACAAGAUUGAUGUUUCAGGUCCAGGUAACAAUACAGUUAUUCCGAGAUCCAGUAAAGGAUCCCUAUCAAUUCGUAUAGUGCCAGAGCAAAACGUUGAGGAGAUUAAGAAAGGAUUCAUCUCACAUUUACAAAAUUCUUUUAAAGAAUUCAAUUCUGAUAACACUUUAGAAGUCAAAAUUGUUCAUGAAUCAGAACCUUGGUUAGGGGAUCCAACAAAUGCUGCUUUUAAGAUCCUCAGCAAUGCUGUCAAGCAAGAAUGGGGUACAGAGCCGUUAUACAUCAGAGAAGGUGGAUCCAUCCCUUCAGUUAGAUUUCUGGAAAAGAUUUGUGAUGCACCGGCCGCACAGAUUCCUUGUGGUCAAUCAACAGACAACGCACAUUUGGAUAACGAGAAGCUUCGAGUGACAAACUUGUAUGCUUUGCGCAGAAUAUUGAAAAAGACUUUCCAGGAGCUUCCAAGCAGGAAAUGA